AUGGCCAGCCAGGCAACCUUGCCAACGUCCUCUCCGAAAGCAGUUUUCUCCGAGAGAAAUCAGGAUCGUUCGUCAGAAGAGGACGGCAGCGAUGCAUAUGGAUUUGUAAUGCUUGAUGGUCCGGACGGUUCGCUUGACAAUGACUUUGCAAGCAGUCAAACUGUUGUCCGUCGCUCUGAAAAGAUCGUCAAGACCAAACGUUCCAUCUUGACCAGCAACCAGACGGUCAUGGACAGCGUCUUCGACCAUGCUGAAGAAACCUUCCAUGUCUAUUGCAACUACCCUGCCGAUUCUAAAGAGUGCAAACGUGUCUUUAUCGAUGGUGCAGAGGAUACCAUUAUCUCACUGCCACCCCAUGUCGGCGAAGGACCUUUCGCUCGCAUCGUUUCCAUGAAAGAAGCAGACGGGGAUUUCCAGUUGCCAGAUCACCAUUUGGCACACCGUUCGUUGGAGCAUCUCGAAAACCCCGUUUAUGAGGUCAAAAUUGACUACAAUUUCCAAAACAUCAAACUAAAACGAGAUGACGAGCCUGUGCAAAUUCGUGUUGAUUACACGAACUUGAUGGGCUAUUGGGACGAGAUGACAGAUUCCCCAGCUAGUCGCAUGAAACGAAGCGUUGGGGAGCAAGGUCUCUCGGAGCCUGAAUGGCGAUCGCGUGUGCAAAGGGCCGUUUCUCGCGAUAAGAAUGUUCGGAAGCGAGAGGAGAACAUCAAGGUAAAGACGGCAAUGGAUACCUCUGACCCGACGCCGGCACAUAACAAGCGCUGGUUUGGCGUCUUUGGAGAUUGGUUGAGCAAGUUGACAACGGUGACAAAGUCUAGCGUGGGCGUUAUAGAAUUGGGAUUCAGCAAAACCAUCAACCUUUUCUAUGCGCAGUGGGGGUGUCCCGGCAAGACCUAUUACGCUGAUCUCCGUAUGGAUCUGGAGGCUGAUCUGGCGAUGGAUGCAACGUACGCAUACUAUCUCUCAGCAACGUUCAUUCCGCCGAGUAAACCAGAAACAUUUGCCUACUUCGGCAUGGAGCCACAAGCCUAUAUAGGUCUCCAUAUUGAAGGAAAUGCCCAGAUGCAGACCCCCAGUGUGCGGAAGAAGAUUGUCGAUACUCUCUCCUAUCCAGGUCUGGCUGUCAAGGGGAUUGCAGCGGUUGGUCCUACUUUGGACAUUUACGGCGAGAUUCGGGGUAAAAUCACCCUACACGGGGAGCUUGAUGCAGGAGCAAUGGUUACAUUCGGAAAGGCCGAGGUCUACUGGCCUCAGAAUGAUGAGGCUCAGGCGAAAUAUGGAUCCUUACUCGGAAUUACGAGUGACGCCAAGGCACCAGCUCCUGGAAGUAUUAAGCCGGUUUUCCAUGCAGGAGUCGCCGUCGAUGCACAGCUAGAUGUAAUUGUCACACCUGAAGCCAAUGUCGGCAUCAAAAUUGGUGGCGGCAAGCUGGUCGGCGGCAAGACUCUCAUGGACGCCCAAUUGACAGGGUACGUGACAGGCGAUCUGUCAUUCCAGGCCCAUGGUGACUAUGAUUCCUCGGACAAUGCCUUCCAUUACCGAUUUGGUGCCUACCUCCUCUAUAACCUCGGUUAUAAGGCCAAGGCCAACAUCCUGGGUUUCAUUGACUGGGCUUUGGCCCCUCGCAAAGCAUUUACGCCAGAUAACACGGUGACUUUGUACGAGAAGAAGGGCACAAUCCCGAUGUCUUCGUCAGACAUGGAGACAAGAGACCCAUCACUCGAUAGCGCCAUCCAUCGGCGACAGGGAUCUGAAGCACUAUCCACAAAUGCUACGAUGCCCUACCUUGAUGCAGCUAUGGGGCUCACUCGUCGCGAAGAUGGGAGUGCGGAUAAUCCCAAUGAUUCAGAGUUUUCUCUGCCAGGCUCUUGCCCGCCUGGAACUUCCGGGUUCCAAGUGCCGGAGAUACGAUUCAACUGUGCGCAUCUCUCCAGACUGAAGCUUACCGGAGCUCGGGCCAGUAACCAGGGCAAGACCGCAGAGGUAGCUGGCUUUUGUGACACCAUCCUGAAAAUCCCCAAUCUGCCGACGGACUUGACCUAUUCCAAUGAUAAAACAGCAACUAAAGCAAGAUACGAAGCCCAAUGCGGAUCUACAACCGACUCAAGUAGCAAAAAAAGAAAGAAGGGCGCAUGUGCAGACGAAACAGACAACUUGAACGCCCUCAUGGGCACGGGCAGCGCUCUGAAACUUCAGUGUGACGAGUUUCCCUGGAAGUCUUCUGAACAAGGAGGGCAUUAUCUCGAUUCCAACAGCCGUCGAGCAGCGUGCGUGCCAUACUGGCAGAAUAACUGGCAUGGGCAAUGCCUUGCAAUGAUCGGUGACAUGAGCUCAAAUUGGAAAAUGCUAGACGCCGACACCGCCAAGAACGACGAUGUGGAAGACUUUUGGGUGCCAUGGAGAAACGACAGUAUGUUUUUACGGUUCCCUAAUGAUCCUUUUGAUAACCCUUCUGACUCUCUUUCGAACCCUCUGGAGUGGACUAGAACCGCCACAUUUGGAACCAACAACGAAUUUGCGCAGAAACUGAAGGAAUACGGAGUGAAACAACCGCCUCCGGAUGGCAUUUCAGUGCGCAACAAUGACAAGGAAUCAUGGACGUUCAAGAGAGACUAUCGUGCUACAUGGAUCACUGAUGGCUUCAAGCCUGACGACUGGUGGAACUUUGUUAGCCGCCGCUGGUACAGUGAAGGCUACGAGGGGGAUGCAGGAGGCGAGGCGAUCUUUUGCGCAAUGAAUCACUUCGGUCAGGACAAUGUGUACAAGUUGGAGACUGAAAAAGGGAAAAAGUAUAAUGGCUUCUGUCUUAGGAAUGACGGCUCAGGCAUGGCGAGCGACUGGCAACAAAUGCACAAUCUGGGCAAAUGCUUGAUCACAUUUGGCAACACACAGGGCCAAACCCCGGACUCGACCAAUACCAAGAGAGAUAGCCAAAGUUGGAAUGGCUGGGAAGUUGAACGCGUGGAAUUUGUCGAUUGA